CCCAGAAUCCGUCCAUCCGGGCGCAGGAUCGGGCGACUCCCCCGUGGCGCCGUGCCGGGACGCCCGGUGCCUCCCCGCAGGUCGCCGAGGGCGCCGGGGCCCCGCGCCACACCUGUCCGCUCCUCCUGGAGGCCCCGGCGCCGCUGCUGCCGGCCCCUCUGCGCGGGGCCCUGUGUCCGCCGUCGCUUUGAUCCCGGGGGCCCCGCUGGAUAAAAGUCCCGGGCGGCUCCGCGCCAGCGCCAGAGGGGGAGCGCAGCCGAGCCGGCGUCCCAGCGGGCUGGCGCAGGGCGAGCGACGCCGAGGAGCCGGGGCCGCGGGGCCGGCCGCGGUGGCCGCGGGCCCGAGCGGCGCGGCCAUGGGCCGAGGGGUGCGCGUGCUGCUGCUGCUGCUGGGCCUGCUGCACUGGGCCGGGGGCGGCGAGGGCAGGAAGACCUGGCGGCGCCGCGGCCAGCAGCCGCCCCCGCCGCCCUCCCCGCCUCGUGCCGAGGCGGCACCCGCGGCCGGGCAGCCGGUGGAGAGCUUCCCGCUGGACUUCACCGCCGUGGAGGGCAACAUGGACAGCUUCAUGGCGCAGGUCAAAAGCCUGGCCCAGUCCCUGUACCCCUGCUCGGCUCAGCAGCUCAACGAGGACCUGCGCCUGCACCUCCUGCUCAACACGUCGGUGACCUGCAACGACGGCAGCCCCGCCGGCUACUACCUGAAGGAAUCCAAGGGCAGUCGGCGGUGGCUCCUUUUUCUGGAAGGUGGCUGGUACUGCUUCAACCGGGAGAACUGUGACUCCCGCUAUGACACCAUGCGGCGCCUCAUGAGCUCCAGAGACUGGCCGCGCACCCGCACAGGCACAGGGAUCCUGUCCUCCCAGCCAGAGGAAAACCCCCACUGGUGGAAUGCCAACAUGGUCUUCAUCCCCUACUGCUCCAGCGAUGUCUGGAGUGGGGCUUCGUCCAAGUCUGAGAAGAACGAGUAUGCCUUCAUGGGUGCCCUCAUCAUCCAGGAGGUGGUCCGAGAGCUCUUGGGCAAAGGGCUGAGCGGGGCCAAGGUGCUGCUGCUGGCAGGGAGCAGCGCGGGGGGCACGGGGGUGCUGCUGAACGUGGACCGCGUGGCCGAGCAGCUGGAGGAGCUGGGCUACCCGGCCAUCCAGGUGCGGGGCCUGGCUGAUUCGGGCUGGUUCCUGGACAACAAGCAGUACCGCCGAACCGACUGCGUCGACACCGUCACGUGCGCGCCCACGGAGGCCAUACGCCGCGGCAUCAGGUACUGGAACGGGGUGGUCCCGGAGCGCUGUCGGCACCAGUUCAAGGACGGCGAGGAGUGGAACUGCUUCUUUGGCUACAAAGUCUACCCGACCCUGCGCUGCCCCGUGUUCGUGGUGCAGUGGCUGUUUGAUGAGGCCCAGCUGACUGUGGACAACGUGCAUCUCACGGGACAGCCGGUGCAGGAGGGCCAGUGGCUGUACAUCCAGAACCUGGGCCGUGAGCUUCGAAACACGCUCAAGGAUGUGCCGGCCAGCUUCGCCCCCGCCUGCCUCUCCCACGAGAUCAUCAUCCGAAGCCACUGGACGGACGUCCAGGUGAAGGGGACCUCGCUGCCGCGGGCGCUGCACUGCUGGGACAGAAGCCUGCACGACAGCCACAAGGCCGGCAAAGCCCCCCUGAAGGGCUGCCCCGUCCACCUGGUGGACAGCUGCCCCUGGCCCCACUGCAACCCCUCCUGCCCCACCAUCCGGGACCAGUUCACAGGGCAGGAGAUGAACGUGGCCCAGUUCCUCAUGCACAUGGGCUUUGACGUGCAGACCGUGGCGCAGCAGCAGGGCCUGGAGCCCAGUAAACUGCUGGGGAUGCUGAGCAGCGGCAGCUAGGGGUCCCGCCCCGGGAGCUGGCACUGAGGGCCGGCCGCCGCCACGGGCUCCCCACCCCAGGGCCACCUGCCCGGCCUCUCCUGCCCCUGCUAGGACAGACAGGGCCCUGGCCAUCCUCCCAGCAGCCUUCGCUGCCCCUCUACCACUGUCUUGGGGGGGGGGGGGGCCCAGCCAGGGGAGACCGUGGACCUGCCCUCCAGCCCCAGCCCUGCCUCCCGCCCCGCCCUCGCUGGGGAGCCCGAGGCGCCGGGUUCCAGCCCGCUGGCCCAGCCCCAGCCUCAGCCUCUCCUGGCCUUUUGUAUUAUUUUAUAAAAUGACUUUUUUAUUACUUUAAUUUUUUAAAAAAGGAAAAUAAGAAAUAUAUGAUUAAUGAUA